GGGUUUACGUUUUUUAUCGAGGUUCAUACUCCUCUCAUUUCCCGGCACAAUUUCCAUCCUUCAAAUUUCUCAUUGGAAGUGUGAUCUUCUUCUCAUUUCUUCUGCGUGCUUCCUUCACCUCUCUUCUUCACAAUGCUUCCCCCAUCAUAGCAUUUAAACCUCAUUUCUCUCCUUCUUCAACGUCGACUACACUCAAUUCUGCGUUUUCAGGUUUGGUAGCAGUCGGCAUUUCAAUGUCUACGAAUUUUGAAAUGGCGAUCGAGUCUUGUGCUACUUUGAAUUCUGUUGAUGAUGAUAACUUUGAGAGUCGGAGUAUAUCGGAGUUAGUUUCGUUUUUACGGACGGCUUUUAGGGCUAAGGAUUUCGACAAGGUGGAGGAGGCUUUGGUUGCUAAAGAAGUAAAGAUGAGGAAGGAGAUUGAGAGCAAGAACAAAGAAUAUGAGUUGCUCCAAAGUAAAUACGAGUUUCUGAGGCUUGACAAUCUUACUCAUAAAUCCAUGGUCGAGCAAGACAAGGUUGAGGUUGAUCCUAAAGGAUUUGGUAAGUGGAAGGAAAGGUUUGAGGAGUUGAAGGAGAUGGAGAGUGAGAUUCAACAACUCAAGGAAUUGAUUAUUAAAGUGAAUGAGGAUAGAGAGAAGAAGAAGAGUGCUUUGGACGGGUUUGAGAAAAUGCUUGAAGCGGUUAAGGAAGCUCAGGAGGACGAUAGAUUGACCAUACAAAAGCUUAAGCACAAGAAUUCAGAAUUACAAUCUGCAAUUGAAGCGGCCAAGAGAGAAAAUGAUGAGCAUGAGAAGUCUAUUGAGGAACUUAGAACCAAGAAUUUAAAACUCGUAUAUGCAAUCAAGAAAACAGAGGAAGAUAGCCGAAGGGACAUGGAGGAACAUUAUUACGAGCGUCGAAGGAAAUAUGAAGAACUUUCAUGCCGAGUAUCGCAGUUGGAGAAUGUAAGGACAGUUAUUGAAAAAGGGGAGCCCAUUGCUUCAAACAGAAACGAAUUCAACCUCGAGAACCGAACAGGUACUGGAGGAUCCUUUGUUGAGAUAAUUAGUGAUGAUGAUCAUGCCACCCGAGAAAAUUUGUUUCGAGCGCAUAGAAACCAGAAGAGAAGACGAGAUUCAUUGUUAAAUGAUUGUGAAGAUUACGAUGCGGAAAAGGAAGAUGAUCAGAUGACCAUUCUGCCUAAUGUAAGCAAGGGUAUGGAGUCAUUGAAGAAAGUAGGGGCAAUGUUUUCUGCACCUCCACGUGGUCGACCAAACAAACAUGCCUCGAAAAUGCAAUUUUCUCCUAAGUCCAAUGAUUUCAAGAACAUCACAACCUCUUCAAGGGCUGCUACAGUCAUGCUGACGCAAUGUGCAGAAGUUGGGGAAGGAUGUAGAUCACUUGAUUCUAAGUUCAAAUAUGGGUCAAGUCAUUUAAAGUCAAAAGACCGGAGAUGUAAUAAAAAGUGGAACUUGGAGGCCGAAAUGCUUGCUGCAUUUGCUGAAAAUGAUGUGCUUUGCAUGGAGGCUGUCUGUAUACUUUAUCGACAAUCAAGUUUAAUUGGAAAACCAUACAAUGCAUCCACGCCUUCCAGGCAUAUAGGAUUCGAUGAGGCUGAUUUGCUCAGGGGUUCCACAUUGGCAUUGUUUCUAACCAACCGAGAUCCAAAUGGGAAAUUGAAGAAAUCUGUGACAGAGUUGGAGAAAUUUGACAUAAGUGGUCUUAUUGACUGCAGAAGAAUCGCCAUCCAACAUUCGAAGCAGUUAUUUGAAAUAUAUAAGAACAACAAAGAUCAAUUCCAUUUCCAUUAAAGGGAGGACAGGCUUGAACCCUUUGAUGCACAGAUAAAUCUCAUGCUGAAGUCUGAUUGAUGAUCCAUUUCCUUCCUUCCUCUUUCCUGCUAAUUUAUCAAUGUAAGAUCUUUUGUCUAUAUCUUGGUGCACACUGCUCAAACUACGCUGACUAGAUAGCGAUGUAGAUAAUCAACAGGGACAUAAAGAAUUCAAGAACUCCCAUUACAAUUGUUGUUGCAUAUGAGGGUUAAAGCCAAUACUUUUACCUUCAAAUUAGUUUGUUAGAACUUAGAAUUUAGAAACUAGUUUCCUUAUUUAGAACCAUCCAGCAACCGUGUUUUACAAUAUAUUACUAGAAUCAGAGAAAGCUUACUUGAUUGGUACAAAAGUUCCAGUCUGAUUUGGAUAGAAAAAUGGCCCAGAUUUAAUCUCUAUUACUAGUUUUGUCAAUUUCUUUUCUUCUAGUUUUGGACAAUCUGUAGGGAGUUUUGUGGAAAGGAAAUAAAUGGCCACCAUGUUGUGGGAAAGCCGUGUCUUCUUAUCA